AACGGAUUGGAGUUGUAUACUAGGUAAUCGGGACUAACAACAUGGCCAUCGCUGUGUACCUUUUUUUGUUGGCUUGCGCGCUGUUGGCCAGGGCUGAGCAGCUAGCGUCAUCAGACCUGCUUGCACUGGCCAAGGUUGAGCCUCACCGCGCCUUCACUUUGUGGUCUCGACAAUACGGGCGCACCUAUGUCGAGCAAAGCCCUGAGUAUACCCGGCGCCUUAGCAUCUUUUCGGAUAAUGUCAGAGCCAUUCAAGAAUCACAUGAAAAGGACCCAGGAGUUACGCUGGCAUUGAACGAGUACGCCGAUCUCACUUGGGAGGAGUUUUCAUCCACGCGCUUAGGCCUUCGCAUUGAUCAGGAUCAGCUGGACCGCAGGUCGCGUCGAAGCGCGUCUCGCCGAAAUGCGUGGCGCUACGCAGCAGCAGUCGACAACCCCAAGGCCAUAGACUGGCGCGAGAAGGGCGCCGUGGCGGAGGUAAAGAAUCAAGGCCAGUGCGGCUCAUGUUGGGCCUUUUCGACCACCGGCGCCAUUGAGGGCAUCAAUGCCAUCGUCACAGGCCAGCUUCAGUCGCUGAGCGAGCAGCAGCUGGUGGACUGUGACACAGGCAAGCGGACUGUGACACGAUCGAAGCGGUCAUGCACGGUUAUCUUACCGUCUUACAGCAGCAACAGCUGCCGUAAUGAAAGCAACAUGGGUUGCAGUGGCGGCCUGAUGGAUGACGCCUUCAAAUACGUCAUUCAAAACGGCGGCCUGGACACGGAGCAGGACUAUGCGUACUGGAGCGGGUAUGGCCUGGGAUUUUGGUGCAACAAGCGCAAGCAGACUGACAGGCCUGCUGUGUCCAUUGACGGCUAUGAGGAUGUUCCCCAGGGUGAGGACAACCUGCUAAAGGCGGUGGCGCACCAGCCGGUGGCGGUGGCCAUAUGCGCAGGUGCUUCCAUGCAGUUUUACAGCCGUGGCGUCAUUUCAACUUGCUGUGAGGGCCUCAACCACGGAGUGUUGACGGUGGGAUACAACGUCAGUCAAGACGGCGAGAAGUACUGGAUUGUCAAGAACAGCUGGGGCGCCGGUUGGGGAGAGCAGGGCUACUUCCGACUCAAGAUGGGCGUGGGAGAGACCGGCCUCUGCGGUAUCGCAUCCGCUGCAUCCUACCCAACCAAGACUUCGCCCAACAAGCCUGUUCCCGAGAUCUGCGACAUCUUUGGCUGGACCGAGUGCCCUGUUGGCAACAGCUGCAGCUGCUCCUUCAGCUUUUUCGGCUUCCUUUGUCUAUGGCACGACUGCUGCCCUCUAGCUGGUGGUGUCACGUGCCCCGACCUAAAGCACUGCUGCCCGAGCGGCACAAACUGCGAUCAGCGCCAGGGUGUUUGUGUAAGCGCUGACGGCACCGCGUCCACACCUUGGACAGACAAGACGAAGGCACUCCUAACGGCCAAAGGCCGUGAUGCCGCUGCAGUGUCAGAGCCUGAGCAACAGCUAGGAUUAAUGUCGCGAGGCAAGAUCACGGCACGACAGGGCGUUAUCCGGGAGGACAGGGCUGUUGUGCAGACGGAGCGUCCGGCGGGGGAGGUUAUGGAAAUGUAGGAUGAGCGCACUAAGUUGCAAAUCUGAAGGUAGUUUUGGAGUGGGGCCGGACCAAGACGCUGUCUGGUUUGCAGGGGCGCGGGAUAGCCUGGAGGAUUUCUGGGCAUAUCAAUAGGCUGCCUUUAGGACAAAGCGUCCGCAUCGGGAGGAACUUGUCUGCGCCUGACAGGGCAUCGCAGACGAUAAAGAAUUGCAAUUAUUUCCCUUGUACCAUUAUCCUUCUGCCGUAAAAGCGUUCAGGACACGCGCGAUGCACGUAUUUGGGCGUGCUAAGUUGAGGACCCUGUAAUACGUUUUGUCUG